AUCUGCCCAUCUUUGAAUCGGAGGAAAAAAGACACCACACUUAGUCAUGGAAGAUUCUGAAAUUCCCCAUGUAGCCAUUCUACCGAGUCCAGGAAUGGGUCACCUCAUCCCACUCGCUGAGUUGGCUAAGCGCCUUGCUCACCACUACAACUUCUCCCUAACGUUCAUCACUCUCACUAUAGGGGCCACAUCUAAAACCCAGAACUCCAUCUUGGAUACCCUUCCCAAAACCGUAAAAUCCAUAGUCAUCGACCCUCCACCUUCCGUAGAGAACAUCCCCGAAGAUGCCAAGGUGGAAACCCGAAUCUGUGCUAACUUUAAUCGUUCCAUCCAAUCCAUACGUAAUGUUUUGAAGAACCUAGCGUCGACGACGAGACUCGUUGCGAUCAUCGUCGAUCUAUUUGGAAUGGACGCACUGGAUGUUGCCGCGGAGGUUGGAGUCCCAACAUACAUCUUUUAUACCUCGACGUGCAUGGCGUUAUCUUUCACACUCCAUCUACCAACGUUGGACGCCACAUACUCGUGCGCGUACAGCGAUCUAGCUGAACCGGUGAAACUGCCCGGUUGCGUACCGUUUCAUGGAGAGAACGUUUUUGAACCGGCAUUAGACCGGUCCAACGACGCUUACACGUGGCUCCUUAAGGUAUGCAGAAGUCAUAAAAAGGCCAAGGGUAUUUUAGUGAACAGUUUUGUGGACUUGGAACCGGAAACCGUAAAUGCUUUGAGGAGAGAACCGGGAGUUCCUCCACUCUACCCGAUUGGACCGGUUGUACAGUCCAGUUCGGCAGGUGGGGGAGAUGGGCUCGACUGUUUGAGAUGGUUGGAUGAGCAGCCACGUGGCUCGGUGCUUUAUGUCUGUUUUGGGAGUGGUGGGACCCUCUCGAUGGAGCAGCUGAAUGAACUGGCCUUGGGAUUGGAGAUGAGUGGGCAACGGUUCUUAUGGGUUGCAAGAGGCCCACAUGAAAAGAAUGCAAGUGCAACGUUUUUCAGUGUCCAAAGCAAUCAAGAACCUUUGGGCUUUUUACCAAAAGGGUUCCUGUCAAGGACCAAGGGCGUGGGAUUUGUAGUCCCUUCAUGGGCCCCACAGAUCCAAGUGCUGGGCCAUGGGUCUACAGGAGGUUUCUUGUCUCACUGUGGAUGGAACUCUACACUUGAGAGUAUCGUGCACGGUGUGCCCAUGAUAGCAUGGCCACUGUAUGCUGAGCAAAAGAUGAAUGCUGUAUUGCUGGUGGAGGACCUAAAGGUGGCUUUGAGGCCCACUGCCAAGGUGGAUGGAAUAGUUGAGAAAGAGGAGAUCGCUCGUGUUGUUGAGGAUCUGAUGGCAGGAGAUGAAGGGAAGAGAUUGCGAACAAAGAUGGAAGAUCUUAAAGAUGCAAGUGCCAAGGCGUUGGCCAAAGAUGGGUCUUCGAAGAAGGCAUUGUCUGAGGUAGCCUACGAAUGGGGGUUGAUGUAGGUUAGGAGAAGGGAUCCCAAUGG